UUUCCAAUUUUCAAACGCAAAAGAGUUCCAAAGAUGAACGAAAACAGAAAUGCCCAAUUUCCAGGGCAGCCACCAGGUAACUUUGGAAUGAUGAACAGUCAUCCAGGUUAUGUUCAGCCUGGAAUGACAGGGUUUCCCAUGAUGCAACAGCAGAGAAUGAUGGGACCACAAACUCCAAUGAUGCAGCAACAAAUGAUGAUGUCUAACAGGGGUCCAAUGAUGCAGGGAAAUAUGUUUCCAAUGCAGAUGGGGAUGAGACCAGGUGUAGGUCCACCAUCCUACAACCAAGCUCUGACAGACAGCUACAGACAAAGGGGGCCAGCCCCAUCCAGAGGGCCAACUCCUGCCAGAAAUAGGGCCCCUCUAUCCCCAGAAAGUCAGAGGCGAGCCCUGGAGCAGGAGAAGAGAGUCAGGCAGUUCCAGGAACAGCAGCAGCGGCUGAAGAACUUUAGAGGAGGCAGUAAGGUGGACGCUGAUUCACUGAUAGAGUCCAUGUUUGGUAAAGCAGAGAAACCGGUGCCCAAAAAUACUCCCUCACCUCCUACAGCUAAAGACAUAACAAAUGCUCAGCAAACAGAUGAUGGAUUUGGUGAUUUUCUGGGUGGCCCCUCAACUCCUGCUGGACAGGAAGGUUCCCAUGGUAACCAGGAUGUAAAUAAUGUAGAGGCCACUCCCACCACUAGUGAGCAAUUAUCAACACAGUCUACUGAGAACAUUCCCCCAAAAGAAGAAAAGAAAGAUCUCAUGGCUAUGAUGUUUGAGUGUUCUGAUCUCUCAGCUCCUAACAAAGCGAAGACAUUCCACAAGCCCUCCCUAAAGGAGCUACCACCCACUCACCACCACCACCACACAUUCCAGCAGAGUCGCCACGCCCACCAGUGGAAACAGGAAGAGGAUCUUACAGGGCUUUUUCUGGUCCAAGAACCAGCUACAGUAUCAGCACCACCCACUUCACAGUCUCCACCCCAGACUGUCCAGGCCCCAGCCACACCGGUCAAAUUUGAGGUUCCAGCCUGGUGCCAUGAAGAUGACAAGGUUCCACAUUUAUAUAGACAAGUCCUGGAGGCAGCAACUGUUGAUGGUAAGAUAUCCACAGACAGACUGUACCCCAUCCUGGUUCUGAGUGGUCUACCUAAGGAGACCCUGGGUCAGAUCUGGUCACUGGCCAACCAGAGUACUCCAGGACAACUAAUCAAACCAGAACUGUACCUCAUACUGGCUCUUAUUGCUUUUGCUCAGAAUAACAUAACAUCACUAUCACCUGAAAUGUUGAGGAAAUGUCCCCAGCCUCCUGUUCCUUUUCUUGGCCAGCAAGCUGCCCCUCCCCCUGCCGGCACCUCAGGGCCCCCACCCCAGAACAAUGCAGCAGUGGAGAAUUCAGGGAUAUCUGGCACCUUGCCAAUGAUGCAGGGAUCUCAGUCACCUCUCACAGCAGGGAAUUCUGGGACAAUUGGAACUUUGCCAACAGUGACUUCCAUGGCAACAGGGACUCCGUCUUUACCUGGAAGUCAGCCUGUGUCUAGUCAAGGAGCCCCUGGGGUAGAAAUACCAGGAUUUGCUGGUUUAGAGGGAAGUCUAGCUGCUGAUAAAACAGAAGAUGAUGACUUUGCAGAUUUUCAGGAAGCCCCAGCCAGUACUUCUUCAGCCAUAGCAACUUCACCAAAGAAAUCAAAUAAACUUAAAAAGGAACCUGAAUAUUUGUACAGUGUUCCUAAGCCGGAAGACCUGCAAAUUCAGAUGUCACCAGGCAUGAAUCACUCCAACAUAUCUAACUUUUUCGGCAGUGAUGAUUCGUCAGAGGAGGACUUGUUGAGUAAUGGUAGACCGCGGAGGUCCUACAGUGUUUCAGCCUCUCCACAACGAAAAAUUGUAACUGGCAAGAAAGGUGCUUCAACUCCCAACAGCAUGGAUGAAGACUUUGAUGAUUUUAAAUCGGCUGACAGCAAACCUAGUGACAGCAGUCAGUUUACGUCAUCCGAGCAGUCAGAAAAUGAGGACUUCAAGGUACUGGAGUCGUAUCUGGAUGACUUCAACAGGAAAAAAUCUGAGCAGGAGAAACAGCAAGAAAGCCCCCUCCAUCGACCCCUCCCAAAAUUUACCAGCCCCCAGUCCUCCCAGCUACCCAGCAAUGCAACACUCUCGGCCAUACCAGCAGCUAGAAAUCUCUGGUCCAAACCACCAACUGUAAAGAAGGAGGCUGCUAAGGCUCAGUCGGAUUUACCAAAGGCCCACUUCGGAUUAUCACCUCCCGAAUCGUCGGAUUCCGAGUUUGCGGAUUUUCAAGGUGCGCCAAGUGAACAGCCCCCAGAUUCUUCACAGCCACCAGGUGUUGACCUUUUAAAGGCCUCACAGAGUGACACUUGUUUAAUUGGAGAUGAGGACAAAUAUGCAGCUCUCAGGGCUUUUGAUGUCAGCGAGGACACCACUGUCACAGUGGCUCCUUCAAUAUUUGACAGUAAACCCACUGUUGAAAGCGAAGAGGAUUCCUGGGCCGAUUUUCAGGCAGUGUCCACAGAUGCUAAAGUUGAUGAAAUAAAACAGAUAAAUAAUCCAGCUGAUGUGCUGCAAGCUAACUUUACUAGUAACACACAAAAUGAUUGGUCUUCAUUUUCAAGUUCAGCCAAUGUUACCUCUAAGGAUGAUUCUGAUUGGUCAGCUUUUGGAAAUGGAACUGAGGCAACAAAUAUUCCAAAAGAUGAUUGGUCUAAUUUUUCACAAGGAGAGGUAGUUAGUGAUCAACAGAAAGAUGACUGGUCAAAUUUUUCUCAAGGAGAAGUAACUAAAGAUGAAGCAAAAGAUGAAUGGGCUUCUUUUCACUCUUCAACAGGAAGUAAUGAUACGAUAAAAGAUACAAAUCAGCCACCUCAGCUUGUUGAGGUGAAAAAGCAACACUUGCAGACUACAGACAUACUGGGGUUGUUCAAAGUGAAGGAAAAUCCAGUCAAUGUUGUAUCAAGGGAUGAUUUUGUGGAGCCGGAGAGAGAAAAAACACCCCCUGCUCCAACAAACAUUCCCCUCCAAAAAUCUAAAAAGUUGUCUUCGGAUUCAGAUAUGGAUGAUGAUCAUUUCAGGGCUCCUCCACCUAUGGAUUUUGUGGAUGAAGAGGAUGACGCCUUCGGUGACUUUAGCCGAGGUUAUGACUUGGAUGAGGUUGUGAAUAAACCUGCUGCUCAGGAUGAGAAGAAAAAGAAUCUGUACAACUUUUAUGGAAUGGAUGCUCCAUCUAGUAAAUCCACAUCCCAAAGCUUAACCAACAAACCACAGACCUCUGUGUUGGAUUCCACAGAGACAGAUUCCUCAAGUGUGUCUGGAAAUGUAUCCGGAUUUCCCGGUAAUCCAGCUAUUUCUGAGGAUUCCAUGUCUACCUCUAGUCUAGAAUUACCUGGAUUGAAAAGCCGGGUUCCUGUUGUCAAGGACAUGGACUCGCAGUCUAUAUCCAGCAAUGAGUUUGGAACUUUUGAGACUCAUCAGAAAAAGAACUUCAAUCCAGAAUCCAAGUCAUUGGAUAGUCUGGAUUUGAAGAAGGAAGAGGUGGAGUCUGUGGAAAAUUUGGAAAUACCUGAAAAUGAAGUCAAGGAGGAAAAUGUACCUGAACAAAAGGAUAAUUUUUCACAGUUUUCAGAGCCAGUUUUGCCAUUUGUCAGUAAGGUUCCUGAGCCACUUCCUGUUCUGGGAGACAGAUACAGCUGUUUGAUGGAGGACAUACCAGGGAGUGACAAACAUGUACACGAAUGGCAGAGAUGUCUGGAGAGCUGUUACAAGGUGAUCAAAGAGGCCAACACAGUGUUUAACUCAAUCAGUAGCUCAGCUGUCUGUAAUGAGGUCAUCACUUCAGAGCAGGGCUCAGAGUUUGUCAAAGGUGUAGUUGAAAUCUACAGAGUUGUAUGCAGAAUCAGUGUGUCUAUAGAGUCUACAGGACUGUCAAAUGACAAAUUAAAACAACUCCUGAAAGACGUUGAUCUUGUUUGGAAUAAUUUGGCAGCAUUUCUUGUUGGAGGAAAUAUGAUGCCAGAGGAUAAAGAUUUAGAUUGCAAAAACGGCAUCUUGAAAUCUGACGAUCAGGUGGCCCAGUUCCGAGCCUGUGGCGUGUGUUUAUUGGACGUGGACGCCGCAUGUAAAGACUUCGGCAGUGAGGAGCAGUGUGCCAAACUAACGUACGGUGGCAGACAGUAUCAUGCUGUGUGUGCCAAUUUGUGGGUCAAUCUUGUGGACAGUAUGCUACCAGCUCUCAGGUUACCAGAAUUGUUAUGAUUUCAAAGAGAUUUACAUUCACUGCAAAGAAGAUUUUUUUUUGCAGGGAUGUUUUUAUUUUGAAAUUUAAAGGUCUAAGUGAAACUGUGUUAUCCUUUAAGAAGUAUAUUGUUUAAUACAAAGAUGUAAUGCACACAUUACAAUAUAUCAAGACAAAUGUAAAAUUUACCUUCUCAUGUUUUUUUUUUAUUCUAAUAUCAAGUAAAUGUUGGGUGUUAAUUAAAAAACUUGUUUGCUUGGCAAACCAAAACUAUUUUGGGAAAAAAGGAAAAACUAUUUUAAUUUACAUGUACUAUUGUUGGUAUUGCAAAGGUUGAUAACAGCCUUAAUAUUAAUCCUUUGAAUGUUGUAUUUAAAGUUUGUGUGUUCUGAUCACAGAGAUCAACUGUGAUGAAUUCAUCUUGUUUUCCUUUUUCAUAAUUUAUCUUUUCAUUCCCUCAUUUAAAAAAAUGCUUUUAAACACAUACUUAGUAUUUGCUUUCCACAGAAUUUUUGUUGUAGUACACAAAAAAAAAAAGAAGAGUAGUUAAUUUUUGUAAAUGAGUAUUUAACAAUGGUACAAGUGCUUCUGAACAUUCCAUAUCAUAGAAAUCUCAAAUGUCAGAUUCCUUUAUUGUGUUAGUAUGAAAUAAGCCAUAUCAAACAUCCCUGUAGUUUCGUUACUUGUGUCAUUCAUUGGUUAUAUAUGUUAUGCGUUAUGCAUUGUCUAUUUUCUGAGUGCACAUAGAAUCAGUAUGAUAGUAUAUCACAAAUGGUCUAGGUCUUUAAUUUUAAUUUAUCUACAUGUAAACAUGAGAGAUGUUUCUUUCCAUUUUAGAUGUACUUUUAAAAAUUAACAACUUUUUUGGUUAUUAAUUAUAAAUAUGCAUGAAUAAUCACCUUUUUCAAUGAUCUUUCAACCAUGAGUUUCAAAGAGAUUGGUGGGUUUUUUUUUUUGAUGGUCUGCUUUAUUCACACAACAUAAAAAAAAUCAUUAAUUUUCCUUGAAAUUAUUGUGACAACCUGACCCCAGGAUAAUGAAACUUCUAAGCUUAAAUCUAAAUUUUUAUGUUGUACUGAAAUGCAGUAGACUUGAAGUUGAACAGUCCAAAGCAAAAUUAUUUUUCAAUACUACAUGACCAGAAUGCUGUAGUCUGCAAAUUUGGAGACUAGGCCGAGGCUAAAGAAACAUCUUACAGGUGAUCAAAAAUUUGAUUUAAGUCUGUUUCACAAUCCUGGGACCAUUAAAUAAAUUUUUAUAUCCUAAAACAAGAGAUCAAAUGAUAUCUGUAGGUUCUGUCCAUACUUCAACCAGUAUUUGCCAUAUUUUACAUUAAGUUAAUCCACAUUGCAUGUAUUUAUUUUCCAUUUUACUAUAAUUCACCAAACAUUACAAUUCUUACAGUACUUUGGAGUAUGUCAACACUACAGAAUAUAAUGCCUCUGAAAUAACUACAUGUGUAUGUUACAGUAGAUUCAGGAUUAAGGUCAUUCUUAGUAUUUUGAUCCAGUGUGGAUGCAGGGAGAGUUAAUCCACAUCAAUCUGAGGAAAUCUGGAUUAAUUGUAGUGCGCAGUCAGAACUGGCCAUUAUGGUAAUAUGUUAGAAGAUGGCAAUUAACCAAAUAAGACCUUCAAUGUCAAAAGUAAAAUUAAAAAUGUGUUGUUUUUAUGCUUUUUUUUCUUUAAAGAAAAUAUGUUUACUCAAAUUGAUUCUAAGAAAUCUACCAGAGGAUAUUUUAGAAUUAUUUCAAAAAACAAAAAUAUGUUGAUCAUUUCGUAUAAUUGUCAUAUGAUAAACCCUUUAUAAAGAAUGUCGAACAUUCCUAAAUUGAUGUACUUGAUAUAUAUUUUUGAGUUGCUUACAUUUGUAUAUGAGGCACAAAUUGUGAUACAGAUGGAAUUUGAAUGAUAGUUUUUUUUUUGAUAUUUGAAAAACUGAAAUUAACAUGAGAAAUGCCUUUCCUUGUGUAUUUUAAUCUUAUAUUCUCUAUUUGGCAUUUAUUUAUUGAUAUAGUCAUGAUGCCAUAUAUUAUGUACCCAUUUUAUUUUUAUCCUUUGAUUGUUGGGUACGUGUACAUUAAAUGUUGUUAUAAUAGUGAUAAGUCAUUUAUGAAUAUUUAUGUUGAACUACUUGUUAAUGGCACUAGUGCAAUAUGUUCAAGAUGUAUUUGAGAACAGUGGCUGUUAAAUAAAUAUGUGCAUAUCCUGAA